ACCACCACCAUCACAUCACUACAAUACAAAUAUUAAUACUGCACACACAUCUUCACACUAAAGCUUGAACACACACACAUAUACAACCAGCACUACCACCACACCCAACAUCAUCAUCAUGAGACUUGACAUGCAAACUCUCAACCUCUCCUACGGCGACCCCCAACCCAGAGACGGAGGAGCUCCUCACCCAGGUGCUCGACUAAGACAAUCUUCAGCAAUGCUGUGCUCAAUGGCCGGCGACGGCCCUCAGCCACGAGAUGGCGGUUAAAUGACACCAGCAUUCUCGCGUCCAAUUCAAACAUCCAAUCAUUCCUCUAAUUGGACUAUCCGACCCCAUUGCAUUCGUCAAUGACCUCGGACCAGCGUACAAGACCUAUCUACCAACACCUCUUACACGCACUGUACAACAACUCUUUUUUUUUCUCGUUAUUUGAGCGAUUAGAUUUCCGGCAACGGCCUGUCACACCACCCUGUACAUUGGAAUACAUCUUCGGCGUUUGGACUUUCCUUGUUGUCUUUUGCGAAACGCGGACGCGAGGGUAUAUUUGGGUUUUUGAAGCAAUCUCUUUUGGGAUGCAUUGACGGCGUUGUCACAUGAAGAAGCGAGGACGAUCACCAUGUGGGAUAUGCAUCGCUAAGAUUUAAGCCGGGUUGAUUGAUCGUUUCAUGAAGUUUAGAGAAGCGUUUUUUUUCCUAUACUGUACUAUAGCUUUCAGCGUCGUUAGCCGAAUAGUUCAAGAACGGUUUGCGUAACCGCUAGAACAAUACAAAACAUCAAGCUUGAAACAUGCUACUGCCGAUCGUGUUG